AUGUAUUCGUACCGUGCUGGAGGUGCACGGCAGGUUCCUCGCACUAUGCCUGUGCCAUAUGUGGAACCUCGCGCCGAUCCUGUUGCUGAUGCAGAGCCUCGCAGCAAGCCCCUCGUCGACCCCCGCCGCUCCCAUCCGACGGUGCCGACUUAUCAGGAAUUUUCAGGAUAUCAAAGAGCAAGCGGGGAACUAGCAGGUUACACGCUUGUACCUGGCGACACUUGGAGUUCGCCGUGGUCGUCUUCCAACAAUAGUAUGUCACCAUCACCGACUCAGAGUCAAACUCCUGGAGUUCGCAGGGAGAAUUCCACUGCGAGUGAGUUCCCGCCGAGCGUGUCGGAAAACGAAACUGUUGUUCAACCUCCUCGUAAUCCCGAACAGAGCAUUUCCUCGCAAUAUCGCUCAUUCAACGCCGUAUCUGGUCGAAAACCAACUAUAAAAUCGAGUUCCAUCCUUCUCGGCCAGAACACUCGCAGUCGGGAAAUUCAAGCUCGUACGAGCCACAGCAUCAUCGACGACGAAGAUUGGCAACAGAUAGAAACCGGAGACCGCACCAGUUCGGCUUCGGAUGGGGUUUUCCGCUGCACGACGAGCCCAUGGCGGAUGAGAGAGCCUCGGGUCACAGCAUCAUUGUCGUUUGACUCCGACCCGUCCAAUUGCGGCUUCAGUGACACCGCCAAUCCACCACUUGCAUAUCGAGAUCGUGAUUCCUGCAUUGGGCCUCCCGAGACUUAUCGAGCCAUAGGAAACCAAAGCCCAGUGGAUGACGGAGAAUUCUUCGCUACCGCUUCGCCAAUGUCCAGAGAGAUGGACACGGCGUCCUCUGGAGAAGAAUCAUUUGUUUUCAACUCUCAGUCUCCGCCAUCAUUCGACGGAGGAAGUCAGCAAGAAUUUGAAAACCUAGUUUCAGAGAUUGCGCAAGAAUUGGUGCGAGAAUUCUUGUCUGCCAGCGGAGGUACGCAUGUACGCACCCCCCAAAGCUCGCAAGAAUCGCCCACGAGCUCAAGCAAUGGAACUCGACCUUCCACUGGAUCUUCUGCAUCGACUACAGAGAUGACAAAUGUGGUAGAAUCGUCUCGAAAGAACAAACGCCGCGCACACGACGGCAACGAAAAGCCAAGAAGACCACAGAAGCCACGUACCGAGAGUCCCAUCCCGGAUGAUCUUGACUCAGAAUGUCUUCUUGCCUGCCCUUACACGAAAUUUGAUCCAGACAGAUAUUCAGAAAUGAACCAGAAUCUGCAUGAGAAGGCGUAUCGUCGAUGCCGAAGUGUAUGUCUCACAAAUAUCCCGCGGCUGAAGCAGCAUCUUUACCGGAUACAUCGGCGACCUGAAUAUUUCUGUUCGUCCUGCUAUGCCGAUUUUAAGUCGGAAAGCGAGUGUGAGCUUCAUGCUCGGGCAAGGCCAGCCUGCCUUUUGAAGGAGUGUCCCUUUCAGGAGAAGAUGACCCACGAACAGUAUAAGGCAGUCAAGCGCCGGAAGAUGAGAAGAGACGCCACGUCAGUGUGGUACGGAAUCUUCGACAUACUCUUCCCAAAUGCGCCGCGUCCAGGCACUCCCUUUCUGGAUGAUGCAACAUCCCCAGCCGCAAUGAAUCGUCUCCAAAAUUACAACACCUAUCUCGAAACUCAUCUACCCCAAAGGCUCUCUGAAAGAAUGGGUGGCCCUCUUUUCGAUGGAGAUCCUAUGAUGUUUCAGUGGCUCAUAAAUAUGGCUCUUGAGGAGACCUUGCCGACGGCCCUGCGGGAGAUGCACCAUACAUAUACGCUGACAUCUUUGGAGGGAACGAAUGAUGACCAAGUUGGCCGAAUGGGGCAUCAACCUGGAAACUGA